GUUGCACCCGAUCAGAUUCCAGGUGCUCACGGCGGCCGGCGCCACUGGGAGCACUGCCGCUGUAGAGUACUGCCUCGACCAUUUGCCGGCAAUGCUGCAGCGGCAGGUGGCGGCACCUGCGGCGCUUGGUGGCGGGCUGGCGGCGGCAGCAGCAGCAGCAGCAGCAGGCGAACCACGGGCGGGCAGGGAUGAGGGACCGCAGCAGCCGCAAAUGGAAUCAAUUGAGCUCAUUGCAACUGAGGCAGCCAACCGCGGCAAUGUGCAUGUGCUGCGGCAGUUGCGGGAGCGGGGCUUUGUGUUUGGGCCCGGGCAUGUGCAAGCAGCGCUAGCAUACUUUCUCCCGAGCAUUGGUGUUGAUGACGGCAGCCGUGCCGGCCUCAUGUCUCUGCGCUACCCGCUUUUGGAGGUGCGGGAAGGUCUGCAGCUGCCGCAAGGAGAUACUACCGUGGACUGGUCCGCCCUGUUCGAGGAAGCGGCAAGGAGUGGCGCUGACCUGCCGCUGCUGCAGCACCUCCACCAGGAGCGCGGCGCGGCCAUUGACCUGGCGGCAGUGGCGGUGGGCGGCAGCGAGGAGGCGCUGGAGUGGGCGGUGGCGGCGCUGGAGGCAGCUGGGCAGCCGCCGCAGCCGCUGACCUACGACGACUUCAGGGUUGUGCUCCGCGACGGCAACUGGGCGGCGGCGGACUGUUUGGUCCGUCACAACAUAGUGGUGCCGUCCAAGCAGGAGCUCUUUGAGGAGGUGGUGUUGGAGGAACCUCAGUACACGUAUAUUUCUGUGUUGCAGUGGGUCAUGGGGAUGGGGAUGGGCGGCGGGCAGGCGCAGCAGGCGCAGGUUCGGGCGCAGGCGCAGCAGGUGCAGUGGACAGUGGAGCUGCAUGCGGCCCUGGUACGCCUGUACAACGAAGGCAGAAACGAUGCCCCUGCGCGCACCAGAUGGCUGUCUGCGCUGGUCACUGCAGCCGCUGAGAUACUGGGAGUGAGAGGCGGGCGGCGGCGCCUAGCUGGAUGUGGCUAGCGGCUUAGCAGUUAGGCUUUGGUAAUGCGGCCUGCUGGUAGCCUAACACCCGUCCAGACAGCAGCAGCAGCUGCUGCCUCUGUGGCGGGGUUGGCUAGGAGGUUGGGAUCAGCUUGGCUUUUGAGGCGGUGGCUGUGGUGCAAUGGCGGAUGGGCAGGGGAGCCCGGCGCUGAGAUACAGGGCUGGAUAGCAAGGCCGUGGGUGUUGCUGCCGGCCUGGCAGGGCUAGCGUUGAAGGACAGGGCGGAGGUGAAGGAACAAUGGUUUUCUAAUGAUUUUCUUAAUGUUGGGCCCUAAAUUGCUAUUCCCUAUUGUAGAAAAAUAGGCGGCAGGGAAAACUCGGCUGGAGCGAGAAGCGACCUCGCGAGUCCAUGGACUUCUUGACUUUCGCGAGGUCGCGAGGUCGCGAGGUCGCAAGGGCGGCCCUGGGCCCAGCGGCAGUGGCGGCGCGCAUGUUCGGAGCAGAGGGGGCAGGCAAGGCCACGUGGAGGAGGACAGCGCGGUGCCGCCUUCAAAGCGGCGCCGGCGCGCAGGUUGAGACCUGCCGGUGUUGUCUGGUUAGCGACCUGUGCUGACGAGCAUGGCGUAGCAGGCAGUCGGCUGCAGCGGCAGGGGUGUUUUCCUUGCUGUCUGGUUGGCCUGCUGCCUGCUGCACUAGUGCUUGAUAGCUGGGCGCGACUGGGCACAUAUGGCGGGUGGUGCCUGUACAAACCGACCCCGGCUAUGUCCGGGAGAUGAGGCUACAAUCAGGAAGGUUACAAUCUCCCCUGGUUACCAUCGUAUGUGUGUCUUGGUGCCAAACCGAGGGGGUGGGACCGAGUCUCGCCAGGCCACCCUUGGAUUGAGCGAAGAGCUGGAAGUAUGAAGCUGAACAGACCACGAAGUGUCAUAAUGGAAGAGGAGGUGGAGUGAUGGCACCUAGUAACAUGUUCGGUAUGGCGGGAGGAGCGUCCUAUGGGAGCAAGCCUACUAGAGCUAGAGUAGGCCGACGGCGUUGCAGGCGGCACGCCCCUGGGGUCCAGAGCAGGGUGUUCGUUCUCCACGUCACUGGCUCGUGAACUGCGUCAGCAGGUCCCUCUUGUAACCAAUGCAAUCU